AUGGGGGAACACAAAGCCGACGAUAUCGAGCACGUCGAUGAAGUGAUCGAGUCCUUCGACGACUUGCCGCUUCACGAGAACUUGUUGCGCGGUACUUUUUAUAAAUGAUGAUAUGAUAUGCAACUUCAGGCUCCACGUGGUGUUGCCUUUUGUGACGUGGAUUAUUUGGUUACUGUGAUGCGAAUGAUUUAGAAGUAUAUUUACGAGACUAGUAUUGGGAGAAAACCUAAAAAAUCUAAAGAAUAUUUAUGUGAAUGUGUUUGGUUUUGGUCAACAUGGGCUUGCUGAGAUCUUCUAAACCACCUAUCCAUUUCUAAAAAAUUUAGGUAUCUACUCGUACGGUUUCGAGAAGCCGUCGACGAUUCAGCAACGUGGUAUCAAACCCCUUUUGAUCGGCCGUGAUACUAUCGGACAGGCGCAAUCCGGUACUUUUUACGUUUGUGUUGAGAUUUAGGUUCGCAUUCAUGGUCUUUGUCUUUGUGUGGGUCCCUUCUAUUGAGUUUGAGCUCUGUCUGAUCUCCAUGCUACGGUCACUCUGCUGCAUCUAAAGACAAUGGACACGGUUUUCCGCACCGAGACAGGAUUCCUCUUUAGGCCAUGUGAAGCAAUCUAAAUAUUCGUUUCACAGUCUGCGCUUUCCUAUCGAUAUUUUUUGUUCCCUAACACCAAAUUUCCCACACCCCAAACCCAACAGGUACCGGUAAGACCGCAACGUUCGUGAUCGGUUCUCUGCAGAAGAUCGACUAUGCCGAGAAGACUACGCAAGUCCUGAUCCUCGCACCGACGCGAGAGUUGGCCAUGCAGAUCCAGAAGGUCGCUCUCGCCUUGGGUGACUACUUGAAGGUCCGCAGUCAUGCCUGCAUCGGUGGUACCGUCAUCCGGGACGAUCUUGAGCGUCUCCGUGACGGACAGCAGCUCAUCGUCGGAACACCCGGUCGUGUCAUGGACAUGAUCCAGAAGAGACAUUUGAAGGUACUAUUGAGAGACACUUGAGAAGGUUUCACGACUCCGCACUUUACUUACACACUUUCUGCCUGACUUGUUUUUAGAGGCUCGGAACGUCAUUAUUAGAAUCGAAACCGCUAAAACCAACUUUUACAGGUCGACGACAUCCAGCUGUUUGUCCUGGAUGAGGCAGAUGAGAUGCUUUCCCGAGGAUUCAAGGAGCAGAUCUAUGACAUCUUCAAGUUCUUGCCUCCGAACGUGCAGGUCGCUCUGUUCUCCGCCACCAUGGCCGUGGAUAUCUUGGAUUUGACCAGCAAAUUCAUGCGCAACCCGGUCCGAAUCUUGGUCAAGAAGGACGAACUUACCCUCGAGGGUAUCCGUCAGUUCUACAUCGCCAUCGAGAGGGAGGACUGGAAACUCGGUACUUCCACUGGAAACUUUGCCUCAACUACUACACAGUCUCCACCUCCUGCGUCAUAGUGAGAAAUGGGCUUGCACUCUCUUACUCUCUUUUACAUUCACCCCCAAACGACCAAACUCUUGUUUAUUUUCACAGAUACUCUGUGCAACUUCAUCUUCACAGAUACUCUCUGCAACUUCAUCUUCACAGAUACUCUCUGCAACUUCAUCUUCACAGAUACUCUCUGCGACAUCACCCUCACAGUCCCCCACUCUCUUACUUAUUCAUCUUCACAGAUACUCUCUGCGAUCUGUACGAGACGUUGACGAUCACGCAGGCAAUCAUCUACUGCAACACCAGACGCAAGGUCGAUUGGCUUUCCGAGAAGAUGGCGGGACGUGAUUUCACAAUCUCCAUCAUGCACGCUGAAUUGGAGCAGAAGGACCGUGAUCGCAUUAUGCGUGAGUUCCGAUCCGGUUCGUCCCGAGUCUUGAUCUCCACGGAUUUGUUGGCGCGAGGUAAAAUUUCAUAAUCUUGAUCUCCUCCUUUUGUGUCUGCUAUCUCUACUCCGAAAUCAGAGAACUUAUAUCCACUGAGACAUCUGCAUAUUAAUAUCUCGCCUCAUUCAGGCCGAUUCAACCUUUCAACUUGUAAGCGGACCUCAGCAUGGUACAGGAUCUCCGCAUACCACAUACACAACCAUCCAUACCAGAUACACACCACACAACACCACCACUCCAACCUCAACAGGUAUCGAUGUGCAGCAGGUUUCUUUGGUGAUCAACUACGACUUGCCAGCUAACAUCGAGAACUAUUUGCAUCGUAUCGGUCGAUCCGGUCGUUUCGGUCGUAAGGGUGUCGCGAUCAACUUCGUCACCAACCAGGACGUGCGCAACCUCAAGGAGAUCGAAAGCCACUACCACACCCAGAUCGACGAGAUGCCGAUGGACAUCGCUGAUCAGAUCUAAGUAGGUGAUCAUGUCUCUUCUGGUCUAGUACGUGUGGACGAUUCAUGUGCAUAGUGUCAUCAUUGAAUCAUCUAAAGUUCUAGUGUGAGGAAGAAGGUAGGAAGGGAAAGAAGAACAAGCAGUGCUGCAAAAAAAUUACAACUACAUCAACUCUCGCGUUUCUGAUGUGGAGGAACCGAAGGUGCGAGAAGUAGCAGGUUGGGGAGGAGGCGGUUGAAUCUUAGUGGCUGAACUGAAUCUUAGUGGCUUUCUCUGAACUGGAGCGAUAGCGAAGCGAAGAAAAGAUGUGCUGAUCAGCAAGGUGUGCUGUCAAGCAUCUGCAGACGUAAAACAGAACAUAAUGCCACUCGGGAUGCGGGAGUACUUCUUUUGGAAAAACUACUACAGUACAACGGAUCGUCAUCAACAACCUUUGCUUCAUGUCAACUUCUCGUCAGAAGCACCAGAGAAGUAGCUGCAAAUUAGCCGCUCGCUUCGGAGAAAAGAUGGAAGAGAAAGAAGGUAGACGUAUGAGAAAGUAGAUUUUGAUAUCGAUAUCGAGCAGCAACCGCAAGAAAUGUAGUUCAUAUUUGGUCGUUUAGUGUGUGGCGUCGUUUCACCUAUUUGAUGUUGGAAAUGAUUUGUCAUUACAAGAUUUAGUGGGCGUGCGUGUGCUAUGGGGGGGGAGUUUGUUUCACUGUGCUGCAUAUUAUCUAUCAACAUAAGAAUUAUUUGACGCGGUCCCUGAUGUUGAUGUUCUACGUACUUCUAGGGGGUGGGAAAUUAUUUCAAUUUCUGCCGGAAGAUCCGAAGUCUCUUCUUUUAGAUAUUUCGUCGCUUCUACAACAGAUGUCGUCCUUUCUAGAGAUGUGAUGUCAAAGCCAUUUUUUCUUAGGAGUAAGAGCCUCGUGAAUGUCUCCAAUUGAUUACUGUGCUAUCUAUCUAUAUUUUCUGAAAAGUAGAGUUAAAUUUACGAACUACAUGUAUCAUAUGUGACAGCAUACAACUAUAUAGACUUGCUAGAGCAGUCCUACAACGACCUCGAGGCUGAAGCUAGGAGGAGGCCGAGGUCGUCUCUAGCUGGACGUACAGCAUCACGGUUGCUAGGGUUGUAUAACACAAGGUGGGAGGGUAUACAACUCUUCGGCUUCGUCGUGUCCGGAGGGGCCAGCAGGAUAGCAAACUAGAUCGCGAAAGAACGCCUUCACUGCUGCAAUAGAUGCUAAAAUUUAUACAUCAAGCAUGUACACAUCAGCAGCAGGGAAGGUGCUGCAACCACAAGAUCCUGUCUCAAUGUUUGUUACGCUGGUUUGAAAGAACUCAAAAACUUAAACAUAUGUGAUUAUCUUCGAUCUGAAUACUUUUAAAAUUUCAGUUGUUGUCCAAACGUCUCAAUGUGUUAUCAUCAAAAGAAGUAUUAUGAUCUGCUGACUACAACUACUCUCGAGGACCACAGGAGGUUUGUGGACACGACACGAUAUGAAGGCGGAAGGAUGAUAUCGCGCGUGUGCCAGAAUAGUAAGAGCAGGGUACUAUUAUUGGUAGGAAGAACAAUACGAAUACCCAAGACGUCUGUGAAUCGCGUUGGAAACACCAUGAAAAUCAAAGCAUUGACCUUCCUCCGAUGUAGGAGACCCAGACCUGCGCCGGAUAUUUGUUCAUCGAUGAAAGAUCGGGUACACGAAAAUUUUUGUGUCACCGUGCGAAUGCGGG